GAAGCUAGUCUAAGAUAGGUUUAAGGUUUCUUAUUAGAUGAGCAUGAGAUGUUAAUUUGAUGAAGAAUGACCGUAUCACUUUAAUAAAAAUGGCAUGCCCAAUUGAAGCAUAAAUUUGUAGGCUAGGAAAGAAAAAAAAAAACUUGCACACCUAGACUGUUGAUGAGAGGAAAUUUCUUACAGGAAAAUUGGUUUCCCCAUAUUCUUCCAUUUAGUUUAUGGGGUUGACAACCAUUAGAUUUGGUUGACUAUUUCAUUUCCCUCAGGUGGAAACAAUUUUCCUUUUCCAAGGAAGAAUUGCCACAUUUUUCUGGUUUUCUCCCUAGCUCCUCCCUCCAUUGCUCCAUGUACUCUUUUCCCUUUUCUAUGUACCUUAUGUGGCAAGGAAGCUAAGAAGCAAAUAAAUUGAAGUUUGUAACCUAAUUUCAUAGAGCUAACUUUCCACAGGAGUUAAAUUUGGUUUAAAAUAUUUUCCUCUGAAUUAAACACAUCCCUAGCUUGGAAAUUUAACUGUUGUGCCCUCAACAUAAGGGUGUUUUUUUUUUUUUUUUUUCUUUUUGAACCAAUGAAAUGUGGAAAACCUGGCUACACAAAGUUUUCUUCCUGAUUUGCUCUUUUGUUGUAGUUAUAUUUUUUGAAUCUUACCACUAUAUUUUUCUUGUUAAAAUGCUGGUGUGUAUCAGUAAUCUGCAACAAAAUCUGGUUUCUUCCUUGAAACAAACUACUUCAGGUUAGCGAUAACUUUGCUAAUUUCAGGUUAGCAAUAACAAAAUCUGGUUUCUAUGGAUGCUGGGGGGCUGCGAGGAGGUGCAAGACGUAGGUGUGAUGAUUUCAGGGAUCAUUCUCCGUGGAAUAUGAUUGCAUACCAGCAUCAGAUUAAGGAGCAGAAUGCUUUGACUAUGAACAGGAACCUUUUGAACAUCAUGGCUGAGAGAGAUGCUGCUGUUGAGGAAAUGAAAAUAGCUUUGCUUGAAAAGAAAAGGGCCUUGGAAGAGCGAGAAUUAGCGGUCUCACAGAGAAACUUGGCAAUCAAAGAACGUGAUGAAGCUAUUACAGAAAGAAACAAUGCCUACCAUACCCUUCAAAAUUCUAUGAGGCAACCCUUGAGUCCUGGAGUUCAAUGUGGAACCAGUAGGUUGGCUGAUCUCCCUUUCGUCACUCAACAAAUGCAAUUACUUGAUGCUUUGUGCAGAACUGCAGUUCCAUCUGAAUGUAACAAGCUGCCUCAGACAAAGAAGGUGAAGGAGAGCAAGAGAUGUGCAAGGAAGCCGAGGGAGAAAAAGACUUCUGAUCACUUGAAGGUGAAGAAUGACUGGGAUGGUCAAAAUGUGGGCUUGAAUCGAGUUGACUACGAUGACACCAUUAUGCCAGCCCCUGGUUGCUCAUGUACGGGGAUAUUUCGGCAGUGUUACAAGUGGGGGAAUGGGGGUUGGCAGUCAUCUUGCUGUACGACUACCAUGUCAGCUUAUCCUCUCCCACCUGUCCCUAACAAGAGAUUUGCUCGUUUAAGUGGUCGGAAAAUGAGUGGAAGUGCCUUCUCAAAGUUGCUAAGUGGGCUAGCAUCCGAGGGUUUUGAUUUCUCUAAUCUUGUGGAUUUAAAAGAUCGCUGGUCUAAACACGGCACCAAUCGCUACAUAUCAAUCAAAUAGAUAUGACAACUGAUGACAUAGGUACUAAUAUAGUAGUAAUCUUAACUAAUAGGAUUAAUAUUCCUCCCAAAUCCAUAUGAGGUUUAUUUUGCUUUUAAUGCUUGUAUCCUAAGUACAUUGGAGAUACUCCAGCAAGAAGUGUACAUAUCAGUGCAGUGAUCCUUUUGGCUUAAAACUGGAUGAAUGAUGAUAUAAACUGAAUGUGUGGAAUGGGGCAAUGUUAGCA